AUGGCUUCCACUGCCACAGAUGCUGCUGUCGGGCAGAAGACUCGGCCCACAAAACCCGACGAGGCUGCUUACAAGGCCAAGUUGGCUGCUGCCGAAAAGGAACACACCGCCGCGCAAGAGAAAUUGAACCAAAUCAAGGCCAAGAUCGAAAGUGCAAAGCCCAACAACCAAGACUCACCUGCUGCCAAGAGACAAAAGGAGCUUCGUGCUGAGCUCUCUGCCAUCCGCCAAAAACAACAAGGUUUUAAAUCUGCUCGUUCCAGCACUCAGGAGAAGCUCAAUGCCCUCGAUGCCACCCUCAAGGCCCGUGUUGCAGAGCAGAACAACUCCCGCGGCAAGAUCGCUUUCAAGAACGUCGAGGAAAUUGAUAAGGAGAUUGUUCGCUUGGAGAAACAGGUCGAUUCCGGUAACAUGCGCUUAGUCGAUGAGAAGAAGGCUCUUUCCGAUAUUUCCAGCUUGCGCAAGCAGCGAAAGAAUUUUGCCGGAUUGGACGAUGGCCAAAAGAAUAUUGAUGCUCUAAAGAAGCAAAUCGCCGAAUUGAAGAAGACCCUUGACAACCCUGAGGCCCGUGCUUUGAGCGACAAAUACAAUGAGAUCCAGCAAGAGCUCGACUCUAUCAAAGCUGAACAGGAUUCCGCUUUUAAGAACCUCAACUCUCUACGAGACGAGCGUACCAAGUUGCAGCAAGAACAGCAGGCUAAGUUCACCGCCAUUCGUGAGCUUAAGGAUACCUACUACAAGGAGCGCAAAGCCUGGAAAGAGCACGAGGAUGAGGUCUGGCGUGCUCGCCGAGAGCGCCAAAAAGCCGAGCGUGAAGCUUUCGAACGUGAGAAGAAGAAGAAGAUUGCUGACAAGAAGUUGGAGGAGGCUUCCCGACCCGCCUACACCGACGAGAUCUUGACUGCUCAGGGUCUUAUCCGUCACUUUGAUCCUAACUACGAUUUCGCUGCUCUUGGCCUCGACGACACCAAGAAGACUGCAGGCGGUGCUUUCCGUGCCGAGGUUGGACGUACUGUCGAUGAGUCAGGUAUCAAGGGUAUGAAGGUUGUCAAGAAGGACGAAGAAGAUUACUUCGUUGGUACCGGCGGCAAGAAGGGAAAGAAGGGCAAGAAGGGCGGCAAUGCCUCACCUGCCCCUGCUGCUGACAGCAAGUUUAACCUCAGCUUUGGUGUCAUUGAGGAUUUCGCCAAGGUCAAGGUCGACCAGCCUAUGAGCCAGGCUGAUGUCCCCGCUGUCGUAGAGAAGUUGGCUGCUAAGAUCACUGAAUGGAAGAAGAAUCAGGCCGCCAAAACUGAAGAGAAUAUCAAGAAGGCCAAAGAGGAGAUUGAGCGUCUCGAAGAAGAAUCCCAGCGUGCUACCGACCACGCUAAGAAGGUGGCUCAGACAAACGCUGGCGUGAACGGCCACGUUUCCGCUGAGGCAGAAGCGAAGCAAGAGAAAGAUGGUGCUGACGAUGCCGCCGAUGAGCUCAAGAAAGCUGCCCUUGAGGACGCAGAGUAA